CUAGUACUUCGUACAUAGUAUCUCCUAAUUCAGAUACUUAUUAUUUAUUUAUUUCUUAUCAAUUAUGAAAUACUCCAAUAGUAAAUAGUUACCAGAUCAGAUCGUAAUUCUCCAAAAGUAAUAGUCUAAAUGUUAAAAUUGUAAAAUCUAUCUCCUGAGCCUAAAAUACAUAGUAAAAUUUAGGGUUUCUUAAUCUCUAACUUCAUCUUCUCGAGUCUCGACUUCUCCCAUCGUGAAUGGGUAAGUCUGCUUAUUUCACCUAAGCAUCCACCCACCGGCUAAUGAUUACCAUCGCGAAUGGGUAAAUCUCCAACUUCAUCUUCUCGACUUCUCGACUUCGAACUUUAACAUUUCAAUUUCUUUGAAACAUUCAACCAUCUAAUAUUUUGUUCCUGCAUUUGAACUUUGAAGGGUAAAUAGGUAGAUCCGAAUAGAAGUUGGGAACCAAAUGUCAAAGCUUCAGAAUCUGGUUCGUAGUCUUUGACUCUUCGUACCUUCAAUUCGUGGGCAGAUUAGAAUUGAAGUUUGGAACCAAAAGUGCAAGCUUCAAAAUCUGGUCCGUACCUUCAAUUCGUGGAUUUAUGCAGGCACCAUCCACCAGCAUCCUACCUUUUAGUGAAGGGUCAAACUUAAUUUAUAUAAUGGCAGAAGAAGUUGAUACCUCUAUCAACACCGAUCAGUCACAUGUAGAGGAGAUGGCAGAUAUACCUGACGAGACUCAGGCGGGGUAUGAUGGAGGUGAAGAGCCUAUAAUUGAAGAAUCAGAUCUGAAUUUGAACAAAGAAAGAGCAAAACGGUCAAAAAUUUGGGAAGAUUGUUUCACUAAGAUAAAGAAUGCCAAAGGAGUGGUGGUAAAAGUUCAAUGCACUCAUUGUAAAGUGAAGUUGUCUUGGCAAAGGACUGGCACCACAACGCAUUUAGGUAGACAUAUGAAGAUGUGUUCUCAAAGGAAGGCAUCUAUGAGGCAGCAGGGUCUACUAAACUUUCAAGCAAGCAAUUUGAGUAUGCCUUCUCUAGCUCCAGCAGUUGUGGGGGGGGGGAGUACGAUCAUGGAAAAAUGAAGGAAGCUAUUUGUCACUGGAACAUGAUGCAUGAACAUUCAUUCUCCAUCGUAGAAGAAGAAGGGUUCAAUUUUAUGAUGAAAGUAGCUAAUCCUUUUUAUGAAAGAAUUGAUCGAGUUACUUUAAGAAAUGACUGCAUCAAAGUUUAUGAGCACGAAAAGAAAAAGGUACAAUCUAUGCUCUCUAACGUUUCAAAGAUCAGUUUGACGACUGAUUUAUGGAAAUCAAAGAAUCAAAAGAUUGGUUACAUGAUAGUCACAGG